AUGAGAGUUCCUGCACUCGUUGGUGCUGUGUUGGCGCAUGUCAUAAUCGGGUCAGCCAGCCCAGUGGCUUCUGCUGCAGUUCAGCGCGAUAACCAGAAGCAUGACCUAGCUUCAAUCUUCUCCCUAGCUGCCGUUGACCCUUCCGUCGAGGACAACGGGCUAUUAUCGAAUGCCGUCGGUGCUAUUCUAAAUGGAGUCACAGGGGGUAAACAUCGGAGCGACGACCAAACAGUCGAGGAAGCGUGGGAAACGAUUCAGGUUGCAGUCGACGGGAAGACCAACUUGCUCGACAUCGUGGUCAGCCUCGCACUAGCACUUCCAGGCGACAUCUUGAACCUUCUGAACGGGUACCUCGAUUUCGAGCUGAACUCCGUUGACAACAAGAACGCCCCUCUGACGAAAACGAGUAUUUACCCAUCCAAAGCCGAGGGAGACGCGCCUUAUUCUGUCAGCGAGGAAGAUCUCAGGACGGCGAUAUAUAUACCAGAGACGUUCCAGUACGGAAAGAAUGGAAAGAAGCCGGUGAUCCUCGUGCCGGGAACUGCAGUUCCUGGGGGCCUGACCUGGUAUUACAGCUUUGGCAAGCUGGCAGAUGCCGUGCCCGAAGCGGACGUGGUCUGGCUCAACAUACCGGGGGCUUCUUUGGCAGAUGUCCAGGUUAACGCCGAGUACGUUGCAUAUGCAAUCAACUACAUCUCUGCAGUCUCCGACACCAACGUUGCUGUCCUCUCGUGGUCCCAGGGUGGCCUGAAUAUCCAGUGGUCGUUCAAGUACUGGCCAUCAACGAGAGAUGUGGUUGAUGAUUUCAUCGCCAUCAGCCCCGAUUUCCGCGGUACAGUGGUUGCGGAUGCGGCGUGCCCGCUACUCUCCGGCAUUUAUUGCACACCCGCGCUCUUCCAGCAGAGAUACGAGACGACAUUCAUCGAGGUCCUAAGAGCAGACGGAGGAGACUCGGCAUAUGUCCCCACGACCACUCUUUACUCCUCCUUCGACGAAAUUGUGCAGCCGCAGAGUGGCGAGAACGCUUCUGCGAUACUAAAUGAUGCUCGGGGAGUCGGCGUGACUAACAACCACGCGCAGACCGUCUGUGCUGGGCAGCCUGGCGGCGGUGUAUACCUGCACGAAGGAAUGUUGUAUAACCCCCUAUCAUGGGCCCUGGCCGCGGAUGCUCUCCGCCACGAUGGACCUGGAGAUGUCUCCCGGAUUGACACUGAGAGGGUGUGUGCGGAUAUAAUCGCACCGCAGCUCGGUGUGGAUGAUUUGCUGGGAUCGGAAGGGCUUCUGCUGGUCGCCGUCGCAGAACAAAUGGUGUUCGAUCAGAAACCAUUCAAAGAGGGUCCGAUCGCAAGCUACGCUCAUGAUCAAUGA